AGCACGACGACCGUACCAGGUCUGAGUGCCGACGAAAUUGCUCUAUAUGACCGGCAGAUCCGUCUCUGGGGCGCUCAAGCUCAGGAAAGGAUCCGCUCGGCCAACAUUCUCCUCGUGUCCCUCCGCGCUCUAGGCACAGAAAUUGCGAAGAACCUCACCCUCGCCGGCAUCAGCUCCCUAACUAUCAUCGAUGACGAGCCAGUCGCAGAGGAAGACCUUGGCGCGCAGUUCUUCCUGCGUGAAGAAGACAUUGGCAAGCCACGCGCCGAAGCUGCCAUUCCCCGCAUACAAGAAUUCAACCCUCGCGUUGCAAUACAGUCGGGUGGCACCCUCACCGACCUUGUACAACGCGACCAAACGUACUACACCCCCUUCUCCAUCAUCAUAGCGCUGGACCAUGACUUCCUCACCCUCUCUGCCAUCAACACCGCCGCCCGCUUCGCCAACCGGCCCUUCUACGCCGCCGGAAUACAUGGCUUCUACGGCUACAUCUUCGCCGACCUCGUCGCGCACGAUUACGUGGUUGAGAGGGACAAACCCAAUGUUCCCACCUCAAUCGGUCCGGAGUCUCUGACCCGCUCCGUGCUGAGUGUGACGAACAAAAAGGAGAAUAGCGGCAAAAAUGUCGAAAUCGUUAAGAAGCAAGAACUGUACUGUCCGCUCAUCCUAGCUAACAGCUCGCCCUUGCCCGCGGACAUACUCUCUAACCGGCGCAAACUCAAGUCCGUCCCUGCUCUACUUCCCUGCCUCCGCGCCCUGUUCGACUUUCAGCGCACUUACGCUCGUCUCCCCGGCCACACCUCCGCGGACCUAGCGAGCUUCACUACCCUUGCCACAGCCAAAUCCCGCGAGCUCCAACUCCCACCCGAGACACUCAAGUCCGAGUUUUUGCGAAGCUUCAUGCAAAACGUCGGCGCAGAAAUGAUGCCGACCGCCGCGUUCGUGGGAGGUAGGCUGAGCGAAGACGUUAUCAACGUGCUCGGAAAGCGCGAACAGCCCAUCCAGAAUUUCGCGUUGUUCGAUGGAGAUGGGUUGGAGGGGAGGAUCUACUCGCUCUUCACUAUCCCGCCGGAACUG